AUGAUUAAGAUUACCGUCGGGGUUCUCGCCUUGCAAGGCGCCUUCUACGAACAUGUCAUGCUGCUGAAGAAGGCAGCGCAGACGCUUACAUCUCAGCAACUUUCCUCGUCGCAUUGGGAGUUCCUGGAGGUCCGGACCCCGCAGGAGCUGGCGAGAUGCGAUGCGCUUGUUCUCCCGGGGGGCGAGAGCACGGCGAUCUCUUUGGUGGCGGCUAGAUCGGGUAUGUUGGAUCCGUUGCGGGAUUUCGUCAAGGUCCAUCGCAAGCCGACAUGGGGCACAUGCGCCGGGCUAAUCCUGCUCGCCGAGUCGGCCAACCGGACUAAGAAGGGUGGCCAGGAAUUGAUUGGAGGUCUAGACGUGCGCGUCAAUCGCAACCAUUUCGGCCGCCAGACGGAGAGUUUCCAGGCGCCCCUCGAGCUACCGUUCCUCGAGUCGCAAACACCCUUCCCCGCGGUUUUUAUCCGCGCUCCCGUUGUCGAGAAGAUCCUACCGCACCAUGACGGAGUCCAGGUCGAGGAGGAAAAGCGAGACGAGACCGUUGUUGCGCCUUCGCGCCAGGCCGAUGGCGAAGCCGCUGAGAAGGCGAUGUCACGCGACGUCCAAGUGUUAGCGUCCCUCCCCGGAAGAGCUGCGCGUUUGGCUACCAACGGUAACCCGGUGUAUGCCGAAAAAGAGGCCGGUGAUAUUGUUGCUGUGCGGCAGGGUAAUGUCUUCGGCACGAGCUUCCAUCCUGAGUUGACCGGUGAUGAACGAAUUCACGCCUGGUGGUUGCGCCAGGUGGAAGAAUCUGUGAAACGAUUAUAA